GAAUGCGUAUAUCAUUUCUAUUUUGCCUUCGAACUAAACUAUCAUGCGGAACAUAGUUCACGAUGAAACACUAAAAAAAUACUUUGAGAUAUGGUGGAAUGGCAUAAAAAGUUUACCAGAGGCGACCUCCAUACAUGGAUUUAGAUUCAUUGCAGACUCUAAGAGGCACUGGCUGGAAAGAAUAUUUUGGUUAUUUUUUGUGGCGUUAUCAUGGUAUGGUUCUUCAUUAUUAAUCACUGCCCAGUACGAUGCAUUCCAAAAUAAUCCAAUUUCGUUUGUCGUCGAAACAACAUAUAAAGAUUGGGAUACGCAUUUUCCAUCUGUAGCUAUUUGUGAAAAUGAUAAUACAAGACGAAUCGAAGAAAUAUCAGAUGGACUAUGGGGCGAAGACCAUGACUUUAAUAUGGAGGAAGUUCUAAAAGAAUUAGCAUAUUUUAAAGGUAUAACAUAUUACACGUCGGAGUUUUGUGGUCUAGAUAACCCUCUGCCUGAUUGCGUUAAGUCUAACCUGAGUCAAUAUGCAAAUUUGAUACGAAGUACUUGCGACGAGAUACUAACAAACUGUUCGUGGAAUGGGAUUAAUUUCCCUUGCUGCAAAUACUUUAGACCAUUGGACACGGAACUCGGGACAUGUUACGCUAUUAAUACUAUUCAAGGAAGAGAAAUGCAUCCUCCUAAAUUAUCAAUGAUCAGUAAUAAGACAACUGGCCCGGGCACGAUCACGUUUAACAUAAUGGUGACUGCGAAUGUUUAUGUUUUAAACGAAGAAGAGGUUCCAUCAUUGACAACAUUAGGUUCUGACGUGCUUGCAAUUGGACCUGAAGUAGUGCACAAGCGUUAUAUCACUAUAAGAAAUAUUGAGAAUGACGCUGGAGCUCGCCUUAUAUCUCCAGAAAAAAGGAAGUGUCGUUAUACAGAUGAAAACUCAUUGAAAGUGUACCGACACUAUUCCUACACAGCGUGCACUGUCCAAUGCAGGAUGGAUGCACAGAUGCGUCUUUGUAACUGUACCAAUUUCUUUAUGCCUAACACUCCAGAACAUCUCAAGUGUAAUGUAAGCGGCAUUAUUUGUUUGAAUGAUCAUGUCAACGUACUCUCAGUAUUACGUGCGAAAUGGUCAUCUCGUUUCGGUUUAUAUUGUAACUGUCUGCCUUCUUGUACUGAAGCCGAGAUAUCUAUUAUCAAAGACUUUAAAGCGACUACAUCACAAGGAUAUGCCACAGUACAAAUAGCGCUAGCCAUGUUGCCAAGCGAAAGGUAUCGGAGGAACGUUGUACGAGGUGUUCUUGAUUUAGUGGUAUCUACAGGAGGUACUGGAGGAUUAUUUCUUGGCGCAAGUAUUUUGAGCUUUGUAGAAUUAGUCUACAUAUUACUUUUUCGGCCAUUUUGCGACAUAUACAGCAGACGAGAUGAUGACCCUUGGUACAGGAAAUUUGGCACACGGAAGCUUGAGGAUAACAAGUUUGUUCCUAAUCCUGUUUGGAGUUACAACAAUGCAGAUCCCGGCAACAAUCAACAUGAAGAUGUACAACUUGACAAGAAUUAACGGUAUGUGAUAUCAAU